AUGGCGGAAUUACAAUCCAAGUGGGUGGCGCGUUUAUUAUCCGGCAAGGCGGUUCUGCCAUCGGAAUCUGAGAUGUUGGCUGAUGUAGAAGUACACUACCGGAAUAUGAAGGAACGCCAGACCCCGAAGCACAAUACUCAUCUUAUUUUACCCGUUGAUGAUCAGUUCGAGUACUUGGACUGGCUAGCGGCUCAAGUGGAACUACCACCUGUAGAUGGGAGGUUAAAAGAGAUUUCUGAAGAAUUUUUUAGUAUUCUUAUGAGUCCUCAAAGAGUUGGAUUGAGGGAAUGGGACGUUGACAGUUUCAUCAGAGACGGCUCAAGACAAUUUAAUGUUUAA